CUUGUGGCUUGGUGUUUGGCUUCCUUUCAGCUUUUUCUCCACAUUCAUUUAAUAUAAUGUCGGAUCUGGCUUCUACUGCAAUCAUUCCUGCUGAGGAACCACCAAUUACGCACUUGCAACCCCCUGAGAUGCGUGCUUUGAUGAGCAUUUUGGUGAAUGUCUUGCGUCGUCGCAGGCAGCGUCAGUUGGAGGCCAGGAAUCUUCGCCGUUAUUGGGUUCACCCCAUAAAUCAGCUGUGUGACGACCUUGGUCAUAUUGGUCAUCUUUAUGCUGAGCUCAGACGUUAUCUGGAUAAAUUCUAUAACUUUGUCCGUAUGCCAAUGGAGGCAUUUGAUAAUCUUUUGGCCAUUGUUGGACCCCAUCUUCAGCGUUCCCACACACAUUUGCACAAAGCAAUCUCACCAAUGGAGCGUCUGUUGAUCACCUUGAGAUUUCUGGCGACUGGGGAGAGUUAUGCCUCGUUACAUUUGCAAUUCCGUGUUGGCAAAUCAACCAUUAGCAGUAUUGUGAAGGAAACAUGCACCAUGAUUUGGCAGUACAUGCAGCAAAUUUCGUUGCCCAGUCCAAACCAGGAGAGAUGGCUUCAGGCAGCAUCAGGAUUUCAGUCUGUUGACCACUUUCCCAACUGCAUAGGCGCUGUCGACGGUAAGCAUAUUCGUGUACAGCAGCCACCGGGAUCAGGAUCACGCUUCUACAAUUAUAAAAAGUAUUUUUCUGUAGUCCUGAUGGCGGUGGCUGAUGUUCAGUACAAGUUUAUUGCUAUUGAAGUUGGCGCCUAUGGCAGUACCGGGGACUCACGGGUGCUGAUGUCUUCAGAAUGUGGCCGUCAUGUCCUUCAAAAUCAAGUGACUCUGCCUCCACCAAAGCCACUUCCUGCUACCCUGAAUCCACUUCCCUAUGUUUUCGUCUCUGAUGAGGCUUUCCCACUUCUGCCGAACCUGAUACGCCCAUACCCACAAAGGGGAAUUGAUGACCGGAAGCAAGUGUUCAACCAGAGACUUACCCAGGCACGGCACUUCGUGGAGUGCGCAUUUGGGAUCAUGGCUGGGAAGUGGAGGAUCUUGAGCACUGCUAUUCAGUUGGAUGUUGACACAGUAGAGUCAGUCAUUAAAGCGACAUGUGUUCUACACAACUAUAUUCUGGACUAUGCUAGCCCCGAUAUAGAACAGGAGGAACAUGUGUCGUGGGGUGAGUCUGCUGGGUCAUGGGGUUCUGGCCGCACAGCUCAACAAGCGAUAGUGGUUAGAGAAGCAUUCUCUUCCUAUUUCCUAUCUACUGAAGGUGCCGUUACCUGGACAAAUUGA